AUGUCAACAGCAAGCGGUGGCUUCGCCAUUCUCGCGGACGCGUUCCGGUUCUACGUGACGGAUGUUGUCCAGCACGAAAUCCCGCUUUUUCUGCAGCAAAUCAGCACCAGCCCCUUCCGCGACUGGCAGCAGUUGUGCGUGUUUACCGCCUUUUGGUGCAUCGUGUAUGUUUUCUCCGGGGUUCUGAACCGCGUGGCGUUGCUGAAAAACACCGCGUACCGAACGCUGAGCCGGAUAUCCAAGACAAAAACGUUGUUACUGUAAAUUUGUAAUGCGCAACAUUGAAGAAGAUUGCGUCUGUCAUGCUUGGCAUGCGUCGUAGGGUCCAUCAAUGGGCGUUUUCACGUACUAUCUGCGCAUAACAGGUGUUUGCUGUCAUGCCAAACAGAUUUGUAAUGUUGUUCCUCCAAAACAGUUACACCUACAAUGUUUUUUUCUUGGAUGCCGGAACAAAAAGAUUUACUACGACGGAUGCGUGACGAGCGGGGUGAUGGGGACGGUGACCGGGUGGUACGCUUUCUCCAUCUGGCUCACGCCGAACGAGGCAAGCAAGGCCGACCGGGUGAUGGGCCGGGACCCCCGCGUGGACACGGCGGCGCGCCUCAUGUACACCUACUUCGUCGUCGCUCUGGUCGUGGACCACGUGCUGCGACCGCUGGUUUCGCGGCUCGAGGCCGUAUCAAGUGCAAAAAUGUCUGGGUCUGGAAGAUUGGAACUUGUGAUGCUAACUUUGGACUCUAGAAAAAUCUGUAUUGCAUGACCAGCAGGAGCAGUGAGUCUAGUUUGUGCUACGCGGGGAGGGCGUUUGUCAUGCGGAGUAGGCAUCGGGAAGCCCUCUCAAGAUCUGUGAUGCGCGGUCGUGCAUUACAGGCGUCCUGGGUCAUGCAAAACAUGCAUGACAAAUCUCAGAAUCUUCCAGACCCAGACAUUUUUACAUUUGAUAGGCCGACACUUGCGACAAACCCAUGUACGCCGAAGCUUCCGUCGGCGACGACGCGGGGGCCUCUCCCUCCAACACCCCAACAGCUGCAGCCGGUGGGAAUACAGACAAACAAAAGACCACUGCUUUUCCGAAAAUUCCGGAGGCAGAAGUCGCCAAGGCGCGGAAACAAGAAGAACAGCAUCUUCAAGGUGGAGGGCCCUCAACGACGGCGUCCAGUGCGACUUCCCCAACAGAUUCCGCAGUGGAAGACAAUGACGCGACCAGUGGAGAGCAGCAGGAUAAAGAUAAAUCGAAAUUGAAGCAAACACAGGCUGACGAAAAGAACAAAACAAAAACAGCAGUUGUUUCUGCAACAACUGCAAACAGUACUAAGGCCAAGAAGAAACCUCUGCUGACCGAUGACGUGGCCUUUCUCCUGCACCACAUCGCUGCCUUGGUCAUGGUUGCCAUCACGAUGCACCCCUUCGCGCACUACCACACCCCGGCUUUGAUAAUCUGGGAGAUCUCGUCGCCUUUUUUGAACUACCGGUUGGUCAGCCUCGCGUUUGGCCUGACCAGCGGCACCGUGUUCAACAUCAUGCAGGCGUUGUUCGUGAUCACCUUCCUCCUCUUCAGGAUUGUGAUCGGCCUGCCCUCGGUGACGUUUCUGGCCGCGGACCUGGUGCGCAGCAUCCUGUUUCGCCACCCGGGCACCUUCAAGCUCUGGGUGACCGGACUGCAGGUGCUGGGCCUCGGCCUGGCGGGCGGCGGGGCCGCGGGAACGGAGGGUGGCUACGUCGACCUGCGCUCCACCGACCCCAGAGUUCAUCUCGCCCACAUGAGCAGUUUCUCGGCGCCGACCGACGACACGGACCUGCCGCUGUUUCUCGCCCUGGGUGCGCUCACCGGAAACGUCCUGCUCACGUUUCUCAACUGCUUCUGGGGCUACAAAAUCGUCGUGCGAGCGAUCAAGCUGUACUUGCCCGGGCUCUUUCCGGCCGGAAAGAAAAAGGACAAAACUCAGUGAAGAACAGAUCGGGUAUAGAAGAUCCACCGGCGGUCACCGACCGUCUGGUGGUACAACUGGUACGCCGCACCGCCUGCGAUGCUGGCACCACGACCGCGUCCUGUCAUACUAGUCGUUCUCGGUCACCCUCAUUGAGACUGAAGUACAAAUGGUGUAUGACCUGCUCUGACUUAGGCAGGUGGUACAACUAGAUCACCACCUUCACUACUCGCAACGCACGAGUAGAAGGAUGAGCACAUGAACAGCGGGCUUUUAGUUUUACACACAGAGCAACAUGAUGAGUUUAACAUCCGCUUCGCCAAGGAAGAGUAGCGGGUGCUAUCGUAUGGAAGAUGAACAACGAGAAAAGACUGUCUUAUUUUGCCAAAUCCGGUGAUGUAAGCGAAAACUGGUGCGUUAAUUUGGAAAGGAAAUUUGGAUAAAUUUGAUUCUUCAUCCUACCUGUAGUCUGGGACAAUGCUUUGCGUUGUCUCCACGGAAUCGCAU